UUUCGAGAGUUGGCUCCUCAGGCGGAUGUAGUUGGAGCGAUGUUUCCUGUCCAACUUUGGAAGCCUGGGACGGAGGAUUGGCUGAAUUAAUUAAAAAAUCUUUGGCUCCAGGUGUAAGGAUCGUAUGGGUGAUGGGGCAUUCGUUUAUAUACUGGGCCAAUGCUGAGGCCAGUAAGAAAAUGGGCGGCCUUCAGCUUGGGUGUCCUGUUGAUCAAUGGGAGGUCAAAUGGUUUGGGAUUAGGGGCAUGUGCUGGGAACUCUUGUUUCCGUUGUUUCUAGACUAUGGCAGAAUGUUUCCUCGUCCUCAUGUUUUGAUAGUGCAUUUGGGGGGAAAUGAUUUAGGUAUGAUUCCUCAAAAAGAAUUAGUGAGAAGAAUCAAAAGGGAUCUGGGCAAUAUAAAGGAACUUUAUCCCGGAAUUAAAAUAAUCUGGUCACAGAUUACUCCUAGGCUGGUUUGGAGAUCAGCGAGGGAUUAUGAUAGGCUAGAAAAGAGCCGCAAGAAAAUUAACAAAAUAGUUAGCUCUUUUGUUAAGAGGUUGGGGGGAGGUGUAGUUUUCCACCCAGAUUUCGAAGUAGAUGGGGCUGAGGAAUUUUACUUAAAAGAUGGUGUUCAUUUUAACCAAUUUGGGCUGCAGCUAUUUCUUUUUGAUAUAAAAGAAGCAUUAGGAAAAAUAUUGGGUUUGGCGGGACUGGGCUGUUCGGUCAGUCCAGUCGGUGGCGGGGGUGCUAGUUCCCAGACAAAUAUGGUAUGCAAUAUGGCCAAGUGAUUUGGAGGAUUUUAAGUAGUUACCUCUCCAUGGGGUGA